UGGAUGUCUCCUCAUGCUUCCUGAACGAUACGGCGAUGAAACAGGGUGCAAUUUGUUCGAGCUCAUGAGUCGACGGUGAGAUGAAUGUUUAGCCAAGCGAUUCAACCUCCGAACGCUACAGCGUCAUUCGCCCGAUAUCUGCAGCUGGUUUACCAUCGCUGACAUCGUAUCCGUAUUUCGUAUUCGCUUCCUUGCUGCCUGGGUCGGAACCUCCUCUGCCUCACCGACGACUUGAGAUUGGCACACCACUCCUUCGUCAGCCCCUUGUGCCUGCGGAGUCCAUAUCCGCCUGCCGCAGAACCAUCAAUUCUCCAGCCGAGAAUUGCAUUGACCUUGCGCCACGAAGGCAACAACUGCGACUCGGGUCAAAGUCGCACGUUCAUACUACGGGCUUUGCUCAACUCACAGGAAUACACCCACCAUGACCUCUACCGAAGAGAUUGAACAGCACCAGAGUCCACCAGAUGAAAUGAGUGGUCACAGUGCUGGAGGCUCAAAUGAUGCAGUUCCACGACCGAAGCGGAUUGCGUGCAUACUAUGCAGAAAAAGAAAGCUGAGAUGCGAUGGGAAUAAGCCAAGUUGCGGAACAUGUUCAAGAUUGAAUCAUCACUGCGAGUAUUCAGAAGAACGAAAGAAGAGUGGACCCAAGAGAGGUUAUGUCAAACUGCUGGAGGCUCGUCUCAAACAAGUGGAAAAUCUAUUGGAAUCGCGAGAUACAAAUCCCGAGAACGCUGCCCAGGCACCCAAGACAUCUACCACACUUAAUGAGAAUUCCCAUCCGUCAAUGGCUUCACUAGACGUUCCCAGCAUGGGCUUGGGUGACACCUCGAUGUCAGGAAUGAUGGACCCCAGUUUCACAGAUCCCAUGGGCGGUAUCCAGGACUUCGCCAGUAUGAAUGUAAGCGACGAUUUCUCGUGGGAGAUGAUCGGCCUUGGUUUGGAGGAAGCGCUGCCAUCUCGCGAAGUGAUUGACGAGCUGAACGAGGUCUACUUCGAGAAAAUCCACCCUUCUCUGCCAAUGAUUCACAAAGCCAGGUAUCUGGCAUCAAUGGAUCUCGCUCCGCACAUGCGACCUGCUGUUUGUCUGAGAUAUGCUAUGUGGACUCAUGCAUGUGUCAUCACUCCCAAAUACUCGGCGUAUACUGAACAUUUCUACGCGAGGGCUCGAAAAUACGCCGAAGCGGAUGAGAUGCGGGGCCAUGGCGAGAGCAUGAUCAGCAUUUCACAUUGCCAGGCAUGGACUUUACUCGCUUGCCACGAGUUCAAGCUCAUGUACUUCCCCAGAGCUUGGAUGAGUAUCGGCCGAGCUGCGAGGUUGGCGCUCAUGAUGGGAUUACAUCGGCAAGACCGAGUUGGUCUGGAUGUGAAACAAACUCUGCCACCUCCUCGCGAUUGGACAGACCGAGAGGAGCGACGACGAACGUUCUGGAUGGCAUAUUGUCAGGAUCGCUAUGCAAGCAUAGGAACAGGGUGGCCAAUGGUCAUAGACGAACAAGACAUAUUGACUAACUUGCCAGCCAGUGAUGAGGCGUUCAACAAGUCCCAACCAGAGACUACAUUGCAAUUGUCAGACAUCCUGAAAGGCGACGGUACAUCUACACUAUCUUCUUUUGGCGCUGUCAUCCUGCUAUCAACACUCUUUGGUCGUAACCUUACGCACUUGCAUAGGCCUGAUGAACAUGAGAACGAUCACGAUCUGAACGGUGCUUUCUGGAAACGGCAUCGGGCGCUAGACAAUAUUCUCCUCAAUACUUCUCUGUCACUCCCCGCCAAUCUUCGCCUUCCUGCGGGUAUCAAUGAUCCUAAUACAGUCUUUGUUAAUAUGAACUUACACACUGCCACAAUAUGUUUACACCAAGCCGCAAUAUUCAAAGCGGACAAGAAUCGACUGCCUGCACAGAUCAGCGCCGAGUCCAAACGGCGUUGUAUAGUCGCUGCAGAUCAAAUCACCAACGUCAUGAAAAUGAUCAGCCAUCUCGACAUGUCCUUGAUGAAUCCCUUCCUCGCUUUCUGCUUAUAUGUUGCCUCUCGGGUGUUUGUCCAAUAUCUAAAAGCCAGACGAGAUGAUACGGCAGUCAAGUCCUCGUUACACUUCCUGUUGGCAGCCAUGCACGUUCUAAAAACCAAAAAUCCCCUGACAGAGUCAUUCUUAGUUCAGCUGGAUGUUGAUCUCGAAGGCAGUGGUCUUGAUCUACCCACUAACUACUCACGUUGGAAAUUUGGCCGCCGACCACCAGGAGAGGUUCCUGCCAAUACCGACACAGUGAGAUGCUCUCCGAUAUUUGAAAUACGCCAAUCUCAAAAUAUAGCCGAAAACACCAACGACCCCAGUUCUCAUACACAAUGGCCCAGUGGGCUGCCAUCCAUGAACAACUCCUACCCAAGCCUUUAUGGCACUGACGGCUCUAACAAUAUCUCCCAAAUUGGCAAUACUGGUGGAAAUCUAUCUAACGAAGGGUUCGAGAAUAUGUAUGGCUUUACCAUGCAUUCUCAAGGGACAGAGCCAUCACCACAGAAUUCCAACCAGGAAGGAUCAGGUUCACGAUCGCACUCAAAUCAGCCUACGCCGUCGACAUCUUCGAAUCAAAACUCAAACAAUUCGUAUACUAGCCCUCCCACAAAUCAGACCGGGUCGAGCAAUAAUGCCAGCAGCUCGCAGUCUCAGCAAUCGCCAGGAGGGUUCCCAUUCUCCACACAGGACGGAUGGAACAUGAUGGGAUCAAAUCAAGUUGGUUCAGGCCCGUCAACGAGCCAGGCACAAAACAUCAAUAUCGCCAUCAUGGGUGCGACUCCAGGCCCCACUGGGAUGACCCCAAAUCCUACGGGCAUGACACCGAAUUUGGACUCGUUCUGGCCUCCUGAAGGCAUGGGCGAUGGGAAUGAAUGGAUAUUUGGGUGGCCUGGAUCACCUCCGCGACCUGGGCAAUGAGAACCUCCAGUGGCCAUGAGCAAUGGCAAGAAAAUGAGAACAACGAGCAAUAUAUGUACCAAAAUGUGAUACCCCUGGCUACUUUGAUCAAUACUAUUUAAAUUCCAC